UAUGUAAUGUGAGCUGUAACUGUACGGUUGGUAGAAGUGAGUCUAGUCACUUUUAUAUUGAUACUGAAAAGUGUCAGAGAUGUUAAAGUGUCGAAUAGAAAAUGUCAUAUUAUUUUCGCGAUAGGUGAUCGUAUAUCCUGCAAGCAAGGAAUCGAUCAAUAUGCCGAAAAAAUUCGUGGGUGAGAAUAGUAAGGCGGUUGCCGCCCGAGCUAGAAAAGCGGCAGCUAAAGAAGCCGAAAAUAUAAAAAAAGCAAUGGAAGCUGAAGAUAAGGCCUGGGAAGAUAAUAGUAAACAGAUGUUGAAGAAAAAACAAAAACAAGAAGAACUUGAGAGAAAACGUCAACAACAAUUAGAAAAAAAAGCGGAAGCUAAAGCUUUGCUUGAAAAGGAAAUGGCAAAUAUAAAAGUCGGUGGCAAACAACCAGCAUCCAAAAUUACUAGAGCUGAAAUUGUUGCUAUCACCGAGAAACGAAAUCAAGUGGCUAUGAAAAAAGAGGAGGAGAAACCAAUAGAAGAAAAUUUAAAUAGAAUAACUUUGGAAGCUGAAACAGCUCAUGGUAUAGAUGAAGCUAUAUCUAUUUUAAGUUCAAAAGAUCCAGAUAUUGACCGACAUCCGGAGAAACGAAUGAAAGCAGCAUAUGCAACCUUUGAGGAAAAAAUGUUGCCAGUGAUUAAAGAACAAAAUCCUACCUUGAGAUUGAGUCAGUUGAAACAGAUACUUAGGAAAGAAUGGAUAAAAUCACCUGAGAAUCCGCUUAAUCAGAAAUUACUGAAUAAAUGAUAAUGAUAUCAAAUAAUAUUGAUAUCAAACGGACGCGCUCGGUACGUACUUGCGCACAUCACUGACUGAUUAUUUAAUCUCUAAAUGUUAAAUUUGGUUAUUAAAUAACAAUUACACUGCAACAAUAUAA